AUGCCAAUUGACUUCCUUGGUAGUGUCUUUUUGGACGGAACAGAUAUUCCAUAUUGGGAACAAAUCAAGACAUAUGGACCUGCGGUGACCCUCUUAGCAGGAAUCAAAUGGUAUAUGGGAGGCAAUAACAAUAUUUGGGAUAGAGAUCUUCAUGGUAAGGUAUAUAUGGUUACAGGAGGUACCAGUGGCUUGGGAGCACGUACUACGUUUGAGAUGGCUCAAAAAGGAGCGCAAAUUUUGAUGUUGGUUAGAUCUACUGAAGAUCAAUGGUUAGUGGAUUAUAUUGAAGAUAUGAGAGAAAAGACAAAUAAUCCCUUAAUCUAUGCCGAAGAAUGUGAUUUGGCUUCGUUACAUAGCGUUAGAUUAUUUGCUACCAAAUGGUUAGAUAAUUCUCCUCCACGUCGUUUGGAUGGUGUUGUAUGUUGCGCUGGAGAAUUAAUCCCUAGAGGUAAGCCGAGACAAAUUACUAUUGAUGGAGUAGAACGUCAAAUUGCUAUAAAUUAUUUGGCUCAUUUCCAUUUGCUUACGUUGUUGGCACCAAGUUUCAAAGUUCAACCUGCUGAUAGAGAUGUUAGAGUUGUUAUCACAACUUGUAGCUCACAGGCUAUGGCACAAAUUGAUUUCAAGGAUUUACUUUGGAGCGAAAGGCAAUAUCCUAAGGGGAACCCACUUAAAGUAUAUGGUACUUCAAAAUUGAUGCUCGGAUUAUUUGCCAAAUCGUAUCAAAGACAAUUGAAUGUCUACGAAAGAAAGGAUAAAAAUCCAGUGAAUGUCAAAAUAAGUAUUGUUAAUCCUGGAUUGAUGAGAACUCAAUCCAUGAGACGAUUCAUUUCAAUGGGAAGUCUUUUGGGAUUAAUAUGUUAUAUGAUUCUCUGGCCAUUAUGGUUUAUUAUUUUCAAAUCUCCUUUCCAAGGUGCCCAAUCGGUGUUGUUUGCGUUGUAUGCUCCUAUAUUUGCUAAAGGUGACGGAGGAAAUCUUGUUCAAGAGUGUAGAAUUUUGAAAGAGGGAAGUAGAAGGGAAUAUCAGAGUGAAGAAUUCCAAGAUGAGUUGUUUACCAAGACCGAACAAUUGAUCACUACUCUUGAGAAACAACUGGCUAUUGAAAGAAAGAAACAAGAGUUGAAGCAAAAUAAAGAUGACAAAAAUAAGAACAACAAGAAGAAGACCACAGAAUCCAAGGAGAAACAUUAUAUUAAUGAGAAGCCCAAAACAGUUGGGGAAUUAGAUAGUAGAAUUAAUGAACUAAGAAACCUGAUUGGAAUGGGACAACAACUCAGUUCAAAGGAAUUGCCCUUAUUUCCAGACCAAACGGUGGAUUCAAUUGUUGGUAAAGCAUCCAAUCCCACCAAGAGGAAGGGUAAAAAAGUAUAA